AUGAAGGAUGCAGUAGUGAUUCUAGGAGGUGCUUUCAAUCCCGUACAUACACAACAUAUAGCUUUGCUUUGUCUUGCUAAACAAGAACUUGAAAUUAACAGCGAAUGGAAUAUUAUAGGUGGCUAUUUAGCUGUUUCAGCUGAUUAUUAUGUUUGUCAUAAAUUAAGUUCACGAAAUGAGCGUACAAUUAAAUUAAAACAUCGUUUAGCACUUGUUUAUGAAGCAAUUAAAGAUAUACCAUGGUUAAUAAAUAGUCCAUUUCAAGAAGAAAUGUUAAAGCGACAUGUUGGUUCUGCAUUUGUACUUGGUCAACAUUUGAAACGUCUAUUAAAAAAUGAUAAUAUACAAAUAUUAAUUCUUGUUGGUGGUGAUCGAAUGAUAAAAAAUGGUAUUCCAAAAUAG